GCGCAAUGUGAGCACGACCAACUUGAUGUGCUAACACCGACUACGCCGCACCGCAACGAGGAGGUUACAGCUACACACAUUAUGGGGAAGAAACAGAAAAACAAGGGAGAGGACGGUGCCAAAGACGACGGCAUUGACAUUGACGCUCUUGCGGCAGAGAUUGAGGGAGCGGGAGCAAGCAAGGAGCAGAGCAAAGCAAAAAGCAAGAAGAAGAGAGGAAAGAAGGACGACUUUGAUGAGGAAGACAUCCUGAAAGAACUGGAGGAGCUGUCAAUAGAAGACAAAGGAGAAAAGUCUAAAGAAACAGCAAAGAAAUCAGAUUCAGUAGAGGACAUUGAACCAGAGCCCCCUCUGACUAAAGCAGACAAGAAGAAGUCCAAGAAGGUUAAGAAGGUGAACUUUGAUGAUGAUGAGGAGGUUGAUGAAGAUCAGGGUCAAAACAACAUGGAAAACGACCACAGGACGAAAGAUAAGCAGGCGGUGGAAGCUCCCGCUCCUGCUGGUCCUGCUUCAGACUCUGAGGAUGAGGACUCGCAGUCACGGCAGAAGUCCAAAGCCAAGAAGAAUGGCAGCCGAAAGGGUAUGUCUGACUCAGAGGAGAACGAUGAAGAUGGUGGUGCGAAAAAGGGUGAAGGAGGAGUGGGUAACAACAACGAAUCGGACGACGAUUCUCAAACUGCACGCAAGAAAAAAAAAGGUAAAGCAAAAGCCAAGCAAGACAGCGAUGAAGAGGAAGAAGAAGUGACCUUCAAGAUGAAGACGGCGGCGCAGAAGAAAGCAGAGAAAAAAGAGAGGGAUAAGAAGAAGAAAGAGGAGGAUAGGGCCAAGGUGAGGGCCAAGAAAGAGAAAGAGGAAGAGGCCGCAAAGAAGGAGGGAGGGAAACCAGCUGCCACAUCUUCAAUAGAGAGCAAAGUUGUUGAGGCAUCAGAAUCGGUGGAACUGGAUGGAGCUGAUGUCCAGGGAGAAGAAGAGGCUGAUGGGGACAAAAAGAAAAAAGACAAGAAGAAGAAAGGAGUGAAAGAGAAGGAGGAGAAGAAAAAGGGGCCAAGCAAAGCCGCAGUGAAAGCCAUGCAGGAAGCACUGGCCAAAAUGAAAGAGGAGGAGGAACGAGCCAAAAGAGAAGAGGAAGAGAGACAGAAGCGACUGGAGGAGCUUGAAGCUCAGAGACUGGAGCAGGAGCGUCUAGAUGCUGAAAGGAGGGAUAGGAAGAAACAGAAGGAUAAGGAACGAAAAGAGAGACUGAAGAAGGAGGGAAAGCUCCUCACCAAGACCCAGAAAGAGGCUCGAGCCAGAGCAGAAGCCACACUACGAGCGCUGCAGGCUCAGGGUGUUGAAGUACCAUCAAAAGAUGCAAUGCCAAAGAAGAAGCCCGUUUACUCUGAUAAGAGAAAAAAGAAGCCAACAGCACAAACUCCUGAAGAAACGUCAGAGGUGGCAUCACCCACAUUAGAGACACCUCAGCCAGUUACAGCAAAGAUGGAAGUGGACCAGCCUAAAGUAGAGCCAGUCAAGGAGCCAAAGGCAGAGACUGCUUUGGAUGACUGGGAGGCAAUGGCAAGUGACGAAGAGAAAGAGAUGAAGAAGGUUCACAUCGAGGUCAAGGAAACAACUACACAAAAAUCCGCUCAAGACCAAGAGAAUGGCAGUGAGGAGGAUGAAGAGGAAGAGGAGGAUGAAGAGGAAGAUGAGGAUGAAGAGGAAGAUGAGGAGAGUGAGGAGGAGGAGAAAGACAGCAGCAACCACAAGACGGCACCAAGCAAAGCAAGAAAAGAACCGAGCUCCGAGUCGAGUAGCGGGAGCGAUUCAGAUGAUGAUCGAAGCAAAGAGGAGAAACUUUAUGACAAGGCCAAGAAACGCAUAGAGAAACGAAAGCAGGAAAACCUAAAGAACAUUAACCUGGACAAGCUCCGAUCUCCUGUAGUUUGUGUACUGGGCCAUGUGGACACUGGAAAAACCAAAAUCCUGGACAAGCUGAGACACACACAUGUUCAGGAUGGUGAAGCUGGUGGUAUCACACAGCAGAUCGGUGCCACGAACGUUCCACUGGAAACCAUUAUUGAACAGACCAAGAUGGUGAAAAACUUUGACAGGGAGAGCGUAAAGGUUCCUGGAAUGCUCAUCAUUGACACGCCUGGUCACGAGUCCUUCAGUAAUCUGAGGAACAGGGGCAGUUCUCUGUGUGACAUUGCCAUCCUGGUGGUGGAUAUCAUGCACGGUCUAGAGCCGCAGACGCUGGAGUCCAUCAACCUGCUAAAGGAGAAAAAAUGCCCCUUCAUAGUAGCACUUAACAAGAUUGACCGUCUGUAUGACUGGAAGAGGAGUCCAGACACAGAUGUGGUGGCAACACUAAAGAAACAAAAGAAGAACACUAAGGAUGAGUUUGAUGAGAGGGUUAAAUCCAUCAUUGUAGAGUUUGCUCAGCAGGGUCUUAAUGCUGCCCUGUUCUAUGAGAAUAAAGACCCUCGUACGUUUGUAUCCCUUGUUCCCACCUCGGCCCACUCGGGCGAUGGGAUGGGGAACCUGAUCGCCCUCCUGGUUGAACUCACUCAGAACAUGCUGGUCCGCAGACUGGCCCAAUGCGACGAGCUCCGGGCCCAGGUCAUGGAGGUAAAAGCUCUGCCUGGCAUGGGUACUACAAUAGACGUGAUCCUGAUCAACGGCCGCCUGCAAGAGGGCGAUACCAUUAUUGUCCCUGGUGUGGACGGACCAAUCGUCACUCAGAUCAGAGGGUUGCUCCUCCCACCACCGCUCAAAGAGCUCAGAGUAAAGAAUCAGUAUGAGAAGCAUAAGGAGGUGUCCACGGCUCAGGGGGUGAAGAUCCUGGGGAAAGAUCUGGAGAAAACGCUGGCAGGUCUGCCCCUCCUUGUCGCCCAUAAAGAGGAUGAAAUACCAGUACUGAAGGAUGAGUUGAUCCGUGAACUGAAACAGACGCUGAAUGCCAUAAAACUAGAGGAGAAGGGUGUGUAUGUCCAGGCCUCUACCCUUGGCUCUCUAGAGGCCCUCCUGGAGUUCUUGCGUACAUCCAAAGUGCCUUAUGCUGGCAUCAACAUUGGUCCUGUUCACAGGAAAGAUGUGAUGAAAGCAUCCACUAUGUUGGAACAUGACCAACAGUAUGCAGUGAUCCUGGCAUUUGAUGUUAAAAUAGAGAGAGAUUCUCAGGAGAUGGCUGACAGUCUUGGUGUGCGUAUUUUCAGCGCUGAGAUCAUCUAUCAUUUGUUUGAUGCCUUCACUAAGUAUCGGGAAGACUACAAGAAACAAAAGCAAGAUGAAUUCAAGCACAUAGCCGUGUUCCCCUGUAAGCUGCGAAUAUUGCCCCAGUUCAUCUUUAACUCCAGAGAUCCCAUAGUCGUGGGCAUCAAUGUGGAGGCUGGAGUGUUGAAAACGGGCACUCCACUGUGUGUGCCCAGCAAAGGGUUUGUAGAUAUUGGUAUUGUGACCAGUAUAGAAGUAAAUCAUAAGUCUGUAGAUACCGCUAAGAAAGGACAGGAGAUCUGUGUGAAAAUAGAGCCAAUUCCUGGAGAAUCACCCAAGAUGUACGGCCGACACUUUGAAGCUGUAGACGUCAUUGUUAGCAAGAUUACCCGUCAGUCAAUCGACGCACUGAAGAACUGGUUCAGAGACGAGAUGCAGAAAACAGACUGGCAAUUAAUCAUGGAACUGAAGAAAACCUUUGAAAUCAUCUGAACACAUCAGUGACUGUGACUGAUCUUAGAUGUCAAAUGACCCCCUGCACACACAUCAUAUACACUAUAUGUUGUACACUCCUAAGAUCAUCUGCGAUCACAGAGUCAUCAGUGUUCAUACUUUUAAAGACAUUUUUACACACACAACCUUGCACAGUCAUGCACGUGUGUGUGUGUGUGUGUGUGUGUGUGUGUGUGUGCGGGGUGAAUAUUCAACACACUCCCCUUUUCCUCCAACUCUUUUUGGCUGGUGGGGAGUGUUUAAAAAAUUAAAAAAAUAGAAAAGUGGAAAAAAGGAAGGGGAAAAAAAGGUUUUUCUGUGAGAAACUGAAUAUAUUCCCACUGUUUUAAACAGUGACAAAUGCUAGAAAAUGUAAGACAACCUUUGCAACUAUUCCAAACGUGCCUGUUCUCUCUUAUUAAUCGAUUUUUCUUUCAUGAAUUGCCCCUCUUAAAGUUCACUGUAAGGCUGGAUUAAACUUGAGCUGCUGAUUUGGACCUGCAGUUUGGUCUUGGAUUUAGGCUGAGGUUUAAAACUAAGGGUAUAAAACUUUCACGAUAACUGCAGGAGGCUGAGUUUUUAGGAUUUUAGAUAAACAAUUAUUACCAUGUCAGUAUUUUUCAUUCCUCCUGGCUUUUUUGUUUUUUGACUGCAGAGUUCUUAAAUGGGCUUUUUUAAAAGUAGACCCCACACUGCUCCUAGCCACAGACUGUCCCUCUCUCUCUCUUCAUCUUCCACUCUGGGAUUUCCUUUGUAGCCCCUGAUACCUUUACCCAGAGUGUCGACUUGGAAUAAAGGCAUCUUUUACUUAUUUUGAAUCAGAAAUGUAAGAUUGAUAAAAUCAUCAACAAUAAAAAAAGAUGGCCUAUUUAUGAUGUCCCAAAGUAAUUUGUUUGGUAACGAUGUGAAUAUGGCUUGGGUGAAUCUCAUCAAAAUUGUUGAGAAAUGUCCAGGUCAUAUGUAUUUUACCCCAAAAUCAAAAGGGAGAAGUAUAUACUUUGUAUGAAAUUGAAGGAAUUGCAUUCAAUUCAACGUUUUUCACUUCACCCAAAAAUUAAAAUUCACAUUAUUUACUCACCCUCAUUCCAUCCCAGAUGAGUGACUUUCUACUGCUGAACACAAAUUAAGAUUUUUAGAAAAUGUCUGUAGGUCCAUGCAGUGCAGGUGAAUAGGGUCCAAAAUGUUGCAUAUAAAGGCAUAAUAAAAGUAACCCAUAAGACUCCAUUGGUCUAAAAAAUGUCUUCUGCAGCAUUCCAAUCGGUUUUGGGGGAGAACAGACCAAAAUAUAACUCCUUUUUCACAAUGAGUCUUUACAUCAGUAGUCUCCUUGGCGAUUUUGAUUUCAAGCUUGAUUACAAUUCCUUGCACCAUCCAACGCUCUGUGCAUGCGUCAAGCACUAGGAAGUGUUUUUUUAGCACAGUAAUGAGAAUUUGCGGGAUAAAUGUGCUUAAAUGUGAAAAUGUCGCAAUGCCAAAAGUCUUAAUGUUUUAAAAAUAGGCUUAAUUUUGCUUUUUGUAAAAUAUAAUAAUUUCCUUAAUAUCAAAAUAGGAAAACAGAUAUACUUUGCAUGAAAUUGAAGGAAGUGCAUUAAAUUCCAUAAUAUUUAGCAAUAAAUCAAUCAUUUUUAGGACAUUUAAGAUUUAUUGCAUUGUGAUGUGAUUUUCACCCCAUUCUCAUUAUACAGCAAACAAUAUUUCAAUGUAAAGCAGAAUUGUGAGUACAUUUUAGUAGUAGUAUGCCAAUCUUUGUUAAAGUGUUUGAACAGACUGUUUUACAAAACUGUAUUGCCGUAAUGAGUGCUUUUUCACAUUACAGUAAUAUUUUUAUUUUUGCAGCACAGUAAUGAGAUUUUAGUGGACAAAUGUGCUUAAUUGUCAAAAUAAUGUAAAUGCAAAAAAAAAAAAAAAAAAAUUACAUUUUCCUUUUUGCUAAAUAUAAUUUCUUAUUUCACCACAAAAAUCAAGAGAGAGAAAAAAUACUUCGCAUGAAAUUGAAGCAUUCAACUCCAUAUGUAUCAAGAAAUCAAGCGUUUUUAGGACAUUUCAGUUUUUUUGCAUUGUGACAUUUUACCCCAAUGCUCAUUCUCACUACUAUAAUGUGAAAAAUAUAUGUAUUCAAUUAAGCAGUAAUUAUAUUUUUGAAAAUUUGCUUAAUUGUCAAUGUCAAUCCGGAAAAAAAAUCUCAAUGGUUUUAAAAAUAGGUUUCAUUUUCCUUAAUAGAAAAUUUGAUUUCUUAGUUUGUCAGAAAAUCUCAUCAAAUCAUGGGAUACACCUGUGCACAUUAAAUAUUUUAUACUAUAAAUGAAUCCUUGUCCUGGUAAAAUGGCUAUUGUAAAGUAAAGGUUAAUUUU